UCAGAAAGUAGAAAAAAAGAUAGAAAUCAUUCUCGGAGGCAGACGUUUUCAUAACAAAUAUUUACAUCAAUGUUCUUGUAAACUUCCAAAAGUUAGAUUAAAUAAACAUUAUGCACCAAAUUGGCAACUGAAAAGCCAUCUUAAAAGUUCCCGGCAAAGCAAAAAAUGGACAGUGAGGAUAAGAUUUGCCGCAUUUGUGUAGCAGCAGUCGGAUGUAAGUCUUUAGAUGAAAUUGUUAAAGGUAUCAGCCUCGAGGAGAUGCUGAGCGAAAUCUUCAACAGACUCAAAAUCGAGGAUUACGGUUCCCCGAUCACCGUUUGUUGCGAGAUAUGUAGGGACGAAUUGUUAGCCACCUUUGAGUUUAUCCAAAAAAUAGAGCAAGCACACUUCAAACUGGGAAGUAUCGAUUCCAAGGAACAGAUUGUCCACCACAGCGACCCGUUGGAUGUUGAUUCGGUUACGAUUAAAUCUGAACUCGCUGAAGAGAAGCCGAUAGCAAAUAUAGAAAUCGUCGAAGUUAAACCUUCGUUGGAUUCCGAAGGCUUUUCCGACUCGGACCACAGUGUGUGGGAACCUGAGGAUGACGAUACAGAGUUGGAGAAGCUGGAGCGCAAGAGAAAAAGGCUUCGGGAAUCGAACUGGAAGAAAAAAGACCCAAAACGGUGCUGUGGCUGUAAGGAGCCACUGACUUGUGCCACGCAGGUCGAGGAGCACACGGAAAGGUAUCACGUUAGACAUCGGAUUACAGAUGUCAGGGAAAUGAAGGCUAGGCCAAUAGAAUGUGAGGUUUGCUUCCAGAGAUUUGUUUGUUUAAGAGAUUUAACCAAACAUCAACGGAAGAUGUUUGCCAAGGAACUGCAUCCAUGUAAACGUUGUCCCGAAGAAUUCGCUAACGAUUUUCAGCUGUCUAAACACAUGCAACAGUUCCAUAAGCGUGAGAAAAUAUGCGAUCAAGCCGAUCAGUUGCGGCAGCAAAUUCCAAAGUGUUGCGUUUGUAUGAAACAGUUUGAGAAAAAAGAAUCCAUGCUGGAACACAUCGAAAAAGAGCAUCCUCUGGAUGAGAAUCAGUUGCACUCAACGAGUCAGUUCAAAUGCGAAACCUGUAAACGUCGAUUCAUGACCGAAAAAGGACUGUUGUUUCACCAACGUCGACCUUUCAUCAAACAUCGUUACCAAUGUUCGCAAUGUGGGAAAACGUACCGAUCAAAAUCGGUAUUUCAGGAUCACGAGCGGAGUCACGCCAACAUUCGACAGUACGAAUGUCCCAUAUGUCAAAUGCGAUUUGCACUGAAAAAUUGUUUCAAAACCCACGUCAAACUUCAUGCCACCCCGAAGGAUCAGUUCAAGUGCGAAUUUUGCGGCAAGGGCUUCCGGCAGCUGUGUGCCUUGCGGGAGCAUCAAAUAAUACACACCCAGACCGAAGAUCGGCCUUUUAAAUGUACCCUUUGCCCGAUCACGUUCAAGCGCCAGGAAGCACUGGACCAUCACAUGAAGGAACAUUUAGGGGAGAAGCAAUUCAAAUGCAACCAGUGCCCAAUGACCUAUAUCUAUCAGCGUGAUCUACGGCGACACAUUCGCUUGAAGCACGAAGGCGUCAAACCGUAUGUUUGCGAGGUUUGUUCGAUGGCUUUCACCCACAAGGCGAGAUGCUUGAAUCAUAUGAAAACGCACGAAAGCGCGGAAUGAUAGUUAAAUUAUAUAUGGUAAAGUUGUGUGUACUGUAAUUUUAAGGCAUCAAGCG